AUGGACAUCCUUGAUAUGCGCCACCCCCAGGACCAAGCUGAUGCAGGCCACAGUCUCCCUCGCAAUCAGGUCCCCGAGUGGGCCUCAUCUUACAUCAACUAUAAGGGGCUGAAGAAGUUGAUCAAGGCGGCAGUACAGACAGCGAAUAGCGGAGAGAAGGUGGACCUAGCAGAAUUCUUCUUUGCCCUGGAUCGCAACCUCGAAGAUGUCGACUCUUUCUAUAACAAGAAGUUUGGGGAGACCUACCGCCGGCUCCGGCUUCUCCAGGAUCGGUAUGGCCGUGCUCCGGACGCCGUCUCGGAUCUGGACCAGGAUGAGAUUGAGGAGCUCAUGGGAGCCCUGCUCGAGCUGCGCAGUCAGCUGAGGAAACUCGCAUGGUUCGGCGAGAUCAACCGCCGUGGUUUUGUCAAAAUCACCAAGAAAUUGGACAAGAAGGUGCCCAACACCUCCACACAGCAUCGAUACAUUGCCACCAAGGUCGAUCCCAGACCUUUCGCCAAGGAUAGUGUUGUCUCACGUCUCGUGUCCGAGGUCAACAAGUGGCUGAGCGCCUUGAGCGAGUCCAACCAGAUCGAUGAUUCCAAGUCUGACCGGUCUGCGCGCUCUCUGGGUCGAGCAUCGGCGAAAGCCAUGCUCAGUCUACCGGCAGCUCUCCUUGAUAAGCUCGAUCAGGCCAUCCGGACCGAUGAUGUCCAAGCCCUCGAUGCUGGCCUGAAGGAGGGAAAUUUGGAUGCCUCUGACUUCUUGACACAGACCUUGCUGUUGAACUUGCUCCAGCGUUCCAUUUCCGCAAGGUCUAGGAAGGCUAUCGACUUUCUUUUGGGUCUCAUCCAUUCGCUCGACGAACCCGACGACAUCAACGAGAGGAAUUGCAUCCACCGUCUGGUAAUCCACAUUGGACGCAGCAAGUCCACCCCGUCCACUGACCAGGAACCGGAUUCCGAGGCUUUCCCACAAGCCAACCACUAUGCAGCGCAGUAUCUGACCCCUGCGGCCUCACCACUUGCUGUGCCUCGCUCGUCCCAUAUCAAGGAGUCUGGGAGUGUCGAUGCCAAUCAUGAGCCUGUUCAGAUUCUGACCUAUCUGCUGGAUAAGCUUCGCCCAGAGCAGAGGCAGGGCCUAAGCGCCCGAGAUUCUUUUGGCCGUCUUCCUCUUCACUACGCUGCCCAGUUCGGGUUCGUGGUUGUAUGCCAGAUUAUCAUGGCCAAGAUGCAGGCAUGGGGGCAGUUCGACGUGGAAAAUGGGAUAGAUGCCCCAGAGUGGCAAGACAAGGAGGGAAAUGCGCCAUUACAUCUGAGCGUUCUCGGCGGUCACCCCAAGACGACCAAAGCCCUUCUUCUUGGGGAGGAUUGGCAAGGUGUCAAUGAUCACAAAACCGAGGUCCGGAGAAACAUUUCUAAGUCCAGUGCAGUUCUCGCCAUCGCGACCAAGCACAAUUUCCACAACAUCGUACAGAUGCUGGUCGACGCAGGAGUCGAUAUCAAUUGGCAGGACCAAGCUGGGGAGACGGCUCUGCAUGUUGCGGCGCGUUUUGGCCACAAUGAGUGUGCCAAGAUCCUUCUUGCCGGGACGGAGAGCCAGAAAGCCGACCUGGAACUGGCCGAAAAGACCUUUGCCUGGACCCCACUGCACAUUGCUGCUGUCGACGGCCAUUAUACGGUCGCCCAGCUCUUGGUUGAAGCUGGAGCAGAUGUUGGCAAGAUCGAUUCCUCUGGAUGGACAGCCAAGGAGCACGCAGCGCUCAGGGGUCACCUCCCCAUUGCUCGGAUGCUACUUGACGCCUUACCCUCGGGAGAGACCACGACCAAGCCUUCCGCUGCUGCAACGCCCCCUACUGCGGGGGCGUCACCACCCGAGGUCUCUUCUCUUGGAGACCGUCGAUCAAAGAACCUGGUUUCGAGACCUGCAGACCCUGUGAGGACGUACGGUCAUCGUUACCUCAAGGACGAAACACUGGUCCUCGUCAGUCUCGGAUCAAUGGACAUGCGGAAGAACAUCGAAGCUGUCAAGCUGGAUAGAAUCCCGAUGACAGAAGCGCACACAACCCAGCUGGAUACUGCACUUUCUGUUGUCGUCUCUGCGGACGGGGCGCAAGGCGAGCCGACGAUUAUUGAUCUCCCGGUGCAGGAGAACGUGUCUACCGACCCAGUCGUCUUUACGACUCGCGAUGCAGCCAGAGUGAAGCUCUUUUUCGAUAUUGUUCCCACCUAUUCUGGUAACGAGAAGAACAAGGUCGGCAGAGGCGCAGCCCUCCUCUCCCACAUUCGCCCCACGAUUGGCACCAAGAGGAUGAACUUGCAGGGAGACGUCUGCGUGCCUAUUCUCUCGGCGAACCUGGACAUCAUCGGCACUGUGAACUUCAACUUUUUGGUCGUCACUCCCUUCGCGCACCCCAACAUGGGAGUCACAUCGGAGCAGACGUACUGGAGGAAGAUGUCUUCGACAAUGGUCAUCGGCCAUCGUGGAUUGGGCAAGAACCUGACGUCUAACAGGUCCCUGCAGCUUGGCGAGAACACCGUGCCAUCCUUUAUCGCGGCUGCCAACCUGGGUGCCAACUAUGUCGAGUUUGAUGUCCAGCUCACCAAAGACCACAUACCAGUCAUCUACCAUGAUUUCCUCGUCAGCGAGACUGGAUUCGAUGCACCCGUACACACCCUGACCCUGGAGCAAUUUCUGCACAUCAACCCUGAUUCCACCAGGCAUUCACACUCAACAGGCGUCAUGAGGCCGCCGGUCCGCAAGCAUAGCCUGGAUUCCAACGGGCGCUACCGUUCGUUGUCUUCGAGCUUCAAUGUUCACGACAGGACGUCUUUGGACGAGCGAAUGAAGCACACACGAGACUUCAAGGAAAAGGGGUUCAAGGCUAACUCGCGAGGCAACUUCAUCCAGGCCCCGUUUGCGACGCUGGAGGAUCUCUUCAAGCAGCUACCUGGGACCGUCGGCUUUAACAUAGAAAUGAAGUAUCCCAUGCUCCACGAGAGCGAGGAGCACGAGAUGGAUACGUACGCGGUCGAGCUCAACUCAUUCUGCGACACUGUUCUAUCCAAAGUGUACGACCUGGCUGGCAACCGAAACAUCAUAUUCUCGUCGUUCAACCCUGACAUCUGCCUCUGCCUCUCGUUCAAGCAGCCCAACUACCCAAUCAUGUUCCUGACAGAUGCUGGGAACGAGGAAGUUGGGGAUAUCCGCGCGAGCAGUCUACAAGAAGCGAUUCGUUUCGCCAGCCGGUGGAAUCUUUUGGGCAUUGUCAGCCUCUCUGAACCAUUUGUCAACAGCCCCCGCCUUGUGCGGGUGGUGAAGCAGAACGGGUUGGUUUGCGUCAGUUACGGGGUCCAGAACAACGAUCCCGAGUUGGUCGAGCGCCAAGUCAAGGAGGGCAUAGAUGCGGUGAUCGUCGACAGCGUUCUCGCUAUUCGAAAGGGGCUCACCAAGGAGGAUGCAACGUCGUCCUCGUCAACGACGACGACAGUCCUGGAGGAGGAACUGAGCCCUGAGCGGCCCGCAGAGGUGGCUGCUCAGCUUAAUGCGCAAGCUUGA